UACAGCAUCCCCAUUUCUCAAUCCAUAGAUUAGAUUCCUAUAAAACGGCAAACACAAUCAGAAGCAACAACAACAAACAACACUUUUGUACUUUAAACAAAUUCUAUUUUCAGAUUCAAAAGCAGUAAAAAUUUAAUUAUGGCAUGGAAUUCAUUUCCCUUGGAAAUCAUUUACCAGAUAUUUGGAUGGAUUGCUUUCUUCUCUUGGUCUAUCAGUUUCUACCCUCAAGUUAUUCUCAAUUACCGUCGUAAAAGUGUGGUGGGGUUAAACUUUGAUUUUGUGGUGCUGAAUUUGACAAAGCAUAGCACGUAUCUUAUUUACAAUGCCACCCUUUACUUCAGCUCGGUUGUUCAGAGGCAAUACCGCGACAAGUAUGGCCGUGACGAGAUGAUUCCUGUAGCUGCGAAUGAUGUUGCAUUCUCCAUACAUGCUGUUCUAUUGACAGCAUUUACAUUGUUCCAGAUCUUUAUCUAUGAGCGUGGAAUCCAGAAAGUCUCAAAGAUCUCAUUUACACUGGUUAUUGCUGCAUGGGGUAUUGCUGCAGUGUGUGUAUUUAUUGCUUUACCAAGCCAUUCUUGGCUUUGGCUGAUCACCGUCUUCAACACUAUUCAGGUUACCAUGACUGUCAUUAAAUAUAUUCCCCAGGCAUUUAUGAACUUCUAUAGGAAAAGCACAGAAGGAUUUAGUAUAGGAAAUAUUUUACUUGAUUUUCUUGGAGGGGUGACAAACUACGGACAAAUGGCUACCCAGUCUAUCGAUCAAGGUUCUUGGGUGAAUUUCUAUGGAAAUAUUGGGAAGACACUGCUGUCUCUUGUGUCUAUCUUCUUUGAUCUCCUGUUUAUGGUACAACACUACGUGCUAUAUCGCAAUAAGCCAAUCCAUCGUUCUUCUAAGUUGGAUGAGGCAAACGACGAGGCACUAUUGAAAAGCUCAGAUCUAGCAACGUCUGACCUCCCCUAAAGCAAGAACUGGGAUGUUCUGCUGCAUUGAUGUAACCAUGAGUAUGUUAAACAUGAUGGGUCUAAAUCAAACGAGAACUUUAUAUACAUUGAUUGCCCAAAAUGCUCUCCUAUCUACAAACUACCUCAUUCAAGGAACUCCCACACCACAGUAUUUUUUAUUCAAAAAUUGUAGAACAUCUAAGAAAAAUUGUACAUACUGUAAUUAGCUUUUCAAUUUGAUAGUGUAAAAAUGUUGGUAUCCAGCAUUCUAGUUUUAAUACAAUAUAUACAAGUUUGGAAGGAAAUAGCAAGGGUUUUCAUUUACCAUA